AUGACAGAGAUAAAGUUUGAUACUGUCACACUUCAGUUUGAAAAGUUUCUUUCGACGAUUGGCAAUAUUUUAACGUGUGAAAAUGAGGUUAAUAUUAUUCGAAAUAAACUUCGACGCCAUUUCAACGCAGCAACAUUGGACUACUUAUGUUCGAACGAAUUUACAACAUCUUUGAAUCAGAUACAAAAAGCAUUUGCGGAGAACAAAAAAUCAACCAAAUAUUUUACACUAUUAGCUUCCUUCGAUGAGCGAUUGAAGCGACAUUUGAUCAAACUAAGAAGAACAACUUCUCAGCUUUCCAAUGUUUCAUCUCCUAGUACAACAGUGUCUGCCGAAACAAACUCAGAGAACGAUACAACGACAAUGCCAGCUCAGUCAAAAACUGAACAUAGAUUUUUCAUGAAAGAAAUUCAAGAAACAUUGGAGUAUCUGCUUGACCAAUGUUGUAUCAUCUCAUCAGAACCAGAGAUUUCUCUCACGGUUGACGUUCCAGCUGUAACAAUUGAUUCAACACACGAACGAAAGAUCAAGAAAUUAGAACGACGUUUGAUUCGCAUUUCUCGAAUGAUUCGUGAUUUAGAGGAAAAAGACAUGUCACUUGAAGAAAUGGCUCAUUGUGAUCUGUAUACCGUCGAAUCCAAUUUGAAGAAACAAGCAUGUGAAAUGUAUGAAAAACUGGCUAAGCUGAAAAAACAAUCGCCGUCGACUGAACGAAUUCUACAUCGACCAAUUGUACUGACUAAUGCUCCAAGUGAUCAUCCAUUGAUUACUAGAGAUUUGGAAGAUAUGGUUAACCAAUCUAAGCAUUUCCCAUCGUUCAGCGAUGUUCUCAGUACAGUCGAAAGCGCCAAUACAAAAUAUCAACUACAUUUGAAUGGAGAAUCACGAACAACUUUAGCCGAAAAAUCUUUUAAAGUCAUCGGAAAGCAAAUUAAAGAUCGACGUAUGGCUGAUUUUAAUGAUAUUAUGAGUAGUCGUCUUCCCGAAGAUUUCAAUAUCGAACAAAAUGAUCCUGCAUUGGACAACGCUGAAAUUACACAAGUUUUGCUCAAAAACGAGCGUGAAGCAAUAAUAAAAACCGAACAAAUCUUCGAAGAAUUCUCACAAAUCACGCCAGAUCCUGAUGCAGAAAUCAAUAUUGAAUCCACCGAAAACGAAUCUGGAACUGAGAGUGAAGAACAUCCUCCACUACCCGUUCGUGCCGAAGAGUCAUCCGAGAGUCAAUGUGAAAUCAUGGAAAUCGAUCCAGUACCGGAGCCGACGUCGGAAAUCUCACUUGACGAUAGAGCGAUUACAAUCUUGACCACAGCUUCAUUACCGCCCAAGCCAGCAAUACUCGAGCGACCAUCGCUAAGUAUUUCCAAAGAACGUGAUGACGUGCAGACAUUGGUGCCGCGACGUAAAGGAGCUCUAACAGAAAAUGAAAUCAUUUAUAAACUGUACAGACAAAGAUUAACAAAUAACAAUGCAACUACGUCGAGCAAUGUUGUACGAAAACGACCGUUAACACGAGUCAAUGACUGCACUACUGUAAAAAAAUCGAAACAGCACAUUCCAGAAUUAAUUGUCUUGGAUUAA